CGCACCUCCCCUCAGCUGGGAGCUACUUCCGGCGCACAGCAGGUGGAAGUCAGAGUUUGGGGAAUCACAGUGCGUUAGACAUGGCGUCUUCGUUGGUUGUUGGUGAGCGUCUGGUGCGCGCUCUGGGGCCUGGCGGGGAGCUAGCGUCGGAGAAGCUGCCCCGGAAGCUGCGGGCCGAGCUUGAGGGCGCUCUGGGGAAGAAGCACACGAAUGUUGAUAGUCCCACUGGCCCCCGACGCUUGGUUUCCUUUCGUCUGAUCCGGGAUCUGCACCAGCAUCUCAGAGAAAGCGGUUCCUCAGUAUACCUCCAUGAGCUUUUAGAAGGCAGUGAAAUCCAUUUCCCAGAGGUUGUGAAGCCUCCUCGGAACCCAGAGUUAGUGGCCCGACUGGAAAAGAUUAAGAUACAUCUGGCCAAUGAGGAAUAUAAGCGGAUCACUCGUAAUGUCACCUGUCAGGAUUCAAGGCACGGUGGGACUUUCGGUGACUUGGGAAAGCAAGUGAGAUCAGUGAAGGCUCUGGUCAUCACCAUCUUCAACUUCAUUGUGACGGUUGCAGCUGCAUUUGUCUGCACUUACCUUGGAAGCCAGUAUAUCUUCACAGAAAUGGCCUCGACGGUGCUGGCUGCAUUAAUUGUCGCCUCAGUGGUGGGCCUAGCUGAGCUGUAUGUCAUGGUGCGGGCAGUGGAAGGCGAGUUGGGAGAGCUGUGACUAGUGCUUCAUCAUCAGAGUCUGCAGAAGGUUUUGGGAUCAUCAGGCUCCCAAGUACCAAUCAUUGACUCAGUCAACCCAUGAGGCUUCUUGUACUCAGCUCUAGUUAAACCAGGCCACCUGCUGUUUCUGUGAGGAGCCCCAUCUUCUGUAAAUUUCCAGAAUGAGCAGUGGAGGAGGACGAUACUUCUUUUAAACUAAAAAUAACUGGUAUCUUGGUAUCCUGAACCCAUUGCCCAUCUGCCUCCUCCAGUCUAUCCUGAGCACUGCUGGGACUGGGCUUUUUCCAUCAGGAGUAAAUGGAAUCCAGGCCUCCCCAGAAGACAGACCGUACUGCCUCGAACUUGUCCUAGUGCACACGUCUUUGGUGCAGCCUGGUAGUUGAGAGCAGAAUCCUCUAAGAAGGGAGAUCUCCCCAGUCUUUGUUGCAGGCCAACAAUUGAAAGAAGAAGCCUCCAAGAAAGGAGAAAGGGCCUGCAUCUCUUCAGUCUAUGCUGGAAGGGGAACUGAUUAAGGAACAGAGAUCCAAUAAGAGAAAAAUGGGUUGGUACAGGAUAGUGGAACUGGAAGCCAGGCAGCUACCAUUUGGGAAAGGGGAUGAUACUGACCCCCUUUUCCAGAAUUCAAAACAGACCCAGAAGGAUCACAUAACCAGCUGUGAUCCUUCCUCUGGUAAAUGUAGCCAAAAACUCCUACAUUGUCUGGAUGUCUCUGUGUAAUAUUAAACUUCUGAGAAUUUAAAGUAAGUGGUAUGAUGAUAGAUCUGUCUGUAUAAGGCACUUAAAAAGGUGUCAACCCCAAUUACGUAUCCAAUAAAUAUUUAUUGUGUCCA